GGGUGCAGCUUCUCCUUGUGUCCGACUCCGAUGGCUGCGUUUGGCAAAGUUUUCUGGCGCCUCAAGAAAGCAUAACUGGAAUUGUUUCUCUCCGCUUGCGGUUUUACGCAGUCCCAACGUGCGUCCAAGAGCUACUGGAUAUUUUGCGGGCAUUCCCGAGGAUCACGGCGUGCAACAUGAGGUGAAUCCGUGCAGUUUUCCCUCAGAAAUUUUCCUUUUUCUUUUCCUUGGAGGUAAAAGUCGUCCAACAACAAAGAUGGCGGCUGGAACUCGAUUGUUGUCGCAUGCCGCCCUGUUUAUGGUUCUUUUGUGGACCACUCUGGGCGACUCGGGCUUGGAUUCUCCUCACACUGCCAGCAGGGAAAGAAGCUUAGACAAGCGGGAUGUGAGCGGGGACCACCCUGACUCUACAGGCGGGGAUUUGCCGUUCGAUCUGGGGAGCCUUUUCGGCAGAAUGCCGCCCGUGAGAGACGAGAUGGAGGUGACUGUAGAAGUGGCUGCCCGUGCUUUAGCAGACACACUUCACCGGCUUGGAGACGAAAAAGUCGGCGUUUUACCCAUGCAGAAAAUCUACGACUCUUUGUCAUACUCAGUAAAAUCAUCAAAUGAACAACAGACAAUACAACAGUUGAGGAGAAAUCUCAGGGACAAGUUGAAUACUUACGUUGGCGCGCUGGACCAGCUGAGACACUCUGUGCGGAGCCUGUACAGGUCCCACCUCCGGCACAUUCUCACUCACAGGAACGACUGCUGUUAUCUGGACAAUUCACUCCUGCAAUUUGACAGUACGUUCCAGACAAACAUCUCCAGAAGUCUGAGUUGUGACAGAAUAGCCACCGGAACCCCGUCACGCAUGUUUAACCCUGGCAGAAACCUCACCAAAGUGUUUGUAGAAAACCUGGAGGCUUCUCCCUUCCUGAAGUGGCAGUACUUCAGUUCGGAGGACGGCAUCUUUAACGUGUUCCCGGCGCACAGGUUCUCCACCAGGCACAGACACCGCGACUACAGAUGUGAUGAGGGCUUCGAACACAGAAACAGACCUCUAUACUCUGCUACUGUGAGGCCCAGCCCUAAGUAUGUAGUGAUUGUAGUGGACAGGGGGGUGGCAUUGAGCGAGGACAAGUUACGCAUUGCUAAACAAGCAGCACAGAUGGUCAUCUCAACACUCAUGGAGCAGGACAAGGUUGCAGUACUGAGCUUGUCUGGUAGGGUGAAGACAUCCUCGGAAGACGAGUGUUUCGGCCGUCUCCUGGCUCCAGCCUCACAACAGGUCAAACAGAAACUCAACAGGUUCAUCGACAACAUCAAGCUGGGCAGGGGUAUGACAGACCAUGCUCUGGGGUUCCAAGAAGCUUUCACAAUCAUCAGUAACACUUUCCAGGCCGACAACGUUGGAGCCAACACAGAGGCCUUGAUUUUGUACAUGGGGUCGGGUAACGUGUCUGAUGAGGAACAGGAGAUAACAAACAUCAUGAGCACACUGGCCAGGGAGAACAGUAGGAUAGACAACAGGGCCAUCAUCAUGACAUAUGCUCUCGUCGACGAUGGUAAAACCAGCUUGAGUGAGCUAGGAUUCCUACGGGACCUCGCAAACCAAGACUACCAGAAGUACAGUGUGGCAUCCAAGAACCCCAGGCCUGUAAAGAGUGGGACCAUGACAGUGCUGAACUCUCUCAGUAACCUGGGCUCCACGGUGGGGCGAUUCUACACCAUUCUGAGCACCAACCUCAGCUCACAAACACACUUCUCGCUGCCUUACAUGGACAGGAUGGGCAAGGGACUGAUCCUCAGUAUCACCCAGCCUGUCUACUAUACCAAGGGGGAAAACGACCACCUACUGCUGGGCAUUGUGGGUAUCGACCUGAGCAUGGCAGAUUUGAUGGAGGACAUGACAUACUAUGAGGAGGGACAGUCUACCUAUGCCUUCAUCAUCGAUAAAAAUGGUUAUACCCUGAUGCAUCCGACCCUACAGAGGCCCAGUUUGGUGAAGGAACAGCCUCUCCAUACAGAUAUCUCACACUUUGAACAAGUGCCUGGCUUCCAGUCUGUACAACAGGGCAUGCUCAGUGGCAGUGCUGGGAGUAAGAGUCUGACAGCUGUCUACAACACCAGCAUGAUGGGGCGGCCUGGUCGAACAGCUGACAACGGACUGCACCUGUACAAUAUCACCUACACCUGGGCACCUGUGGACGGCACACCUUUUAUCAUCGCCACUGCUAUCCUGGAGGAGGACAUGGAAAGAAGACAGCUCAUGAGCACAAACUCACCUGCAGGCCACAUUCUUCGGUACCAUAGACUGGACCUCCCCCAGAAAGGCUCCACAUGCAUGCACCUGAAACAGCUGGCAACACUUGAAACUGCAGCCCUGAUGCUGUCCCCCGGCAGUUUCCAGGCGCCCUAUGAACACCUGCACCAGCCUGAGACCCUGCGGAUGGUUCAGCACCUCACCAUGUACCUCACCGACAACACAGGGCUACUGGCUAACCCUGGAGUCAAGUCGACCAUCAAGGAUGACGUGGCUGCUACCAGCCGCAUCAGUAGACACUGGACUUCUCAAGAAGACAGCAGUGUGGAAGACUACAUCGUCAGGAGGUAUACUGCAACUCCCAGUGGUGUCUACAGAAUGUACCCUGGAGCUGUCAUGGACAAGUCUUUUGAUGCCACUAGGACGCAGUGGUAUACCCAUGCUCUGGAGAAUCCAGGCCGCCUCACACUGUCUGCCCCCCAUCUGGACGCCUUUGGAGCAGGCUAUGUCGUCCCUCUCAGCCAAGGAGUCUGGGAAGGAAGGUUGGAUGGAUAUCAUCAGUCUACAGACAAGGUAGUGGCUGUCAUUGGGGCUGACUUCACUCUGCGCUACUUCUACAAACUCCUGGUGGACACACUGCCACUCUGUAAGGAGGACAGUAUCAGGUGUUUUAUUUUUGACGACAAGGGCUACAUGGUGGCACACCCCGGCCUGAUAGAACCCAGCAGACAGGGUCCCAUCGAGCAGAGGCACAUCACACACAUGGAACCUCUUGUUGCCAAUGAUAUUCUGAACCACCGAGGGUUUGUGCAGAAGAACAUGUGUAACAGUUACAAUGACAGGACCAUUCAGAGACUCUACCAGUUCAACACCAGUUUCCAGGGAGUACUGACUAACUUGAUCCAUGGGGAACACUGUGCCAAGUACAGGAUCACGUUAAUUCCUGGCACCAACUCCUUUGUUGGGAUUGUGAACCAAACAUGUGAUGUCAUCACUGCCUUCUGCCCAUGCAGUAUGGUUGACCGUCUGUGUCUGAACUGCCAUCGUAUGGAGCAGACUGAGUGUGAGUGUCCGUGUGAGUGUCCGCUCCAGCUGCAGCAGUGUUCCAGUCGGCUGGCCCAUGACGAGGACAGGAACCCCAGCUGUAGUACCCGCCACGAGCCCAUCGUCCUGCCGCACGUCGACCCACAGGUCACGGAAGGGGUGCCGCCCUGUUUCAACUCAGACUGCACCAGCAGGAAGACAUACAGCGACUGUUUCGGAGUGCUGGACUGUGAGUGGUGCAUGCUGGGUCCUGACGGGGAGACCCCCCUGGAGAAGGAGUACUGUGACACCCAGAGGGUGUGCUUCGGGGGGGUGGUGGGCAGCCAGUCACCCUAUGCCGACGAAGUCACUGCCAGCCAGUUCCCCAGGCGUGUUCACAACGCUCCGGUGGGCCCCGUAGCUGGUGGCAUCAUGGCCGUCAUCCUGGUCUUCGCCCUGGCCAUCUAUUUCUACCGGCACCACGUGCACCGCGUACAGCGCCAACAGACCCUGCAGAACGCUGAGACCACCAUGAGGAUGUCACAGCUGGACGAACGCGACGAAGAACCAGACGACCCGCCCGAGAACCACGGGAUAGGUAGCUUCCUGUUAGAUCACACCAGUUUUUUCCUGGCCACCAUCGAGCGUCGGCCAAGCCACCACGACCGGAGGAACCGCUACUCGCGCAGCACGCGGGGAACGGACAGCGACCACGGCUACAGCACCAUGACUCCGCACGAAGACAGCGAAAACCCGCCCGCGUACUUAGAACCCCUGGUACUGGAGCCCCUCACCGCCGACAAAAAUUACUCUGAGAGAUUGGACCCCCCUCCCCAGACCAUGCUGGGGAAUAAACUACAGGCCCCAGUACAGGUCCAUAUGGUAGAUACCUGCUGAUUUAGCAUCAGAAGUUGGUAACGUUCUUGCCAGUACGUAUAUCCUAAUAGUGGAGAAUUUAUAUUGAUGACAUGUACUUGUAAAUUAUGGUCUCUCACAGCAGUUACGGUGCCUCCCCUUUGUAGUCGGUCUCCCACGUACGUUGCAACCUUGUGAGAUGAAGUGCCAACUUUUUUGUAUGAUCUUGGGAACAGUUGUAGCAACGGGUUGUGUACGCACUUGAAACCGGCGGUUUGAUUUGGAUCCAGCGUUCGUGACAACGAACGCGUUAAGGGCUUUUAACAUCGACAAAACAUGUUUACAAUUGUGUGCCAUGUACCAAUUGUAGUUUGGAAACAUCUUUUUAUCCAGCGUCUCAUGUCAUGAACUAAUAACUGCAGCGGUUUCAAAAGGAUUGUGACUUCUCAUAUAAAUAUAUAUAUGUAUAUUGUUUAAGAUAAAAGCGUUAGUGAGAAACAUUACAAACUCGAGCAGGGUAGAACCACUAGUGCCAAACAGACAAUCAGUAUAUCCUGCCGCAGUUUUAAAUGUGUCGAAAGGAAAUUCUUGCAUCUGUAAUUUCAAACCAGUUGUAUUGCAAGAAAUACAUCCAGAUGUAGACUUCAAAACAAAGUGUAUUUGCAACCAUGAAUGUUUGUAUAUAUUACUGUACAUUUGUAUCCGACUCUUGUGCCAUGAAUAUACUAACAAACCAUUAUAUAGACUCUCGGUAUUUUACCUCAGAUUUUCCCCCCUUUUACAUGUUUGUGCAGAUGCUGUAUAUUUUAUCAGAGGCAAAAAAUGACAUUUUUGCAGGAAUUCAAUACAACUUCCACCAUAACAGCCAUACGGGAUUGUUAGUACAUUUGAUCAUGAACUGUCAUUUAUUGAGGGUACUU